AAUAAGCAGACAGAUACCAGCAGCAGCAGUGUACAUAUAAGCAAGAAGAAGGAGAGCCGGCUAAUGGAAGAAGGCAUCAAAGAGGGGGCAGAUAAAGCAGCGGCGACCACCGAAGCAGGCGGCGAGGCGAACAAGAGCACUGCGACGAGCGCCGCGGGGUCGUCGGGCAUGGCGGACGUGACGUUCAAGAGCAUCGGCGACGUGCUGAAGCUGCUGCCGACGGCGACGGUGAUCGUGUACGAGGUGCUGAACCCGAUCGUGACCAACACGGGCAACUGCGGCGCCGUCGGGUACAAGAUCGCCACGGGGAUCCUCCUGGCCGUCUCCGCCUUCUUCUGCGCCUUCUCCACCUUCACCGACAGCUACGUGGGCGCCGACGACGGCAAGGUCAAGUACGGCCUCGUGACGCCCCGGGGCCUCCUCCCCUUCACCGACGGCGGCGCCGCCACCAGCGGGAGGGACUUCUCCAAGUACCGGCUGCGAUUCGGGGACUUCGUGCACGCCGCGUUCGCCGUCGCCGUCUUCGCGGCGGUGUCGCUGCUGGCGGACGCCAACACGGUGGCGUGCUUCUACCCGUCGCUCAGGGACAAGCAGAAGGAGGUGGUCAUGGCGCUCCCCGUCGUCGUCGGCGCCGUCGCCAGCGUCGUCUUCGUCGUGUUCCCCUCCACGCGCCACGGGAUCGGGUACCCGCCGUCCAAGUCCGGGACGAGCGCGCUCGCCUCGCAGUAGGGCGCCGACGACGACUUGGGAUCGUUCGAGCUCCAUAAUCUCCAUUGGUUUCCCUUUCGCAGUUGUCGCACGAUGUGCGUCACACUCACAUUCACAGUGUACAUGCAGUAUAGCCAUGUAAUGUUCUACCUCCGUCCUAAAAUAAAAAUAAUUGUACAUCGCA